CAUCCAGCUGCAUAAGAAUUCCCUUAUGCAAUCCCACUUGCACACCAAGAUAAAUGAGGAGUAUUACAACAAGACAAGAAAAAUAUUUUUCAAGAAAAAGAUUUGUCCUUUACUACAUUUUUUCAAAAAUAUUAAAUUGAUCUUAUAAGUUCAUGUUCUGCCCCAUAAGCAAGAGAAUAACAUCUCUUACAUAACCCUAUCAAAAGAAAUAUAGAUAUUCAUUUGUUUAUUCUCUCAACUAGCUCACCACCAUCACCUUUUCUUGGUGUAUAUAAAGACAUACUCCACAUAACCUCAAAAUAACACACUUGUGCAAUCCACACAUCCUCCCUCAUCAUCUUAUUAAUCGUUAGGCCAUGGCCUCAAGCUCGUUGACAUCUUCACGUAGCUCGUGGACAUCGAAGCAAAACAAGCAGUUCGAGGAGGCCCUAGCAAGGUACGACAAGGACACACCGGAGCGUUGGCACAACAUAGCCAGAGCAGUUGGUGGGAAAUCUGCAGAUGAAGUGAGGAGGCAUUAUGAAGUCCUGGUUAAAGACAUUAUGCAAAUAGAGACUGAUCAAGUGCCUAUUCCCAACUACAGAGCCCUUGCAAGAGGAUAUGCCCAUGAACAGAGGCUUAUGAGGAAUCUCAAGCUGCAGUGAUGAACAUAUCCUUCAAGAGUACAUACUCCAUCAACAUCUGGAAAAAAAACAGAUGCCUUCGCGUAAACUAUACGUGAAAGCGAUUUUCGUCUUCUUCAGCAAUCAAAGUGUCUUGUGCCAAGAAACAAAAUAAUAAAAAAAAAAAAUUGUAAUAUUAAGAUUCGAGAAAAUAAGAAAAAACUAUAAUAUUAUGAUCAUCUUGUAUCGUGUUAUCCGAAAAUGUAUGAUAUAUAGUGUAUUUUUCUGUCAUUGUUAUUGAAUUUUCAUGAAAGGCUUUUUGCCAAAGAA